AUAAUUCACUGCAUUUUUGGGCUCUUGAAGCUCAUGUGACAGUACAUGGCUGUGUCUUCUGUUGAGCAUAUGUCAUUUUCUGUGUUUCAGCUUAGGUAACAAAUGAGGCUCAGAUUACUUCUGCAGCUCUUGUUCCUGCUGAGAAAGUGUGACAUUAACAAAUGCUGUGUACUUAUCAAGACUUUCAGACAAAGGACACUCAGAAGAGCGGAGGGAAGAUAACAAUAGCACCGAAUGCAGCAAACUAGGAAUCAUGGAUCUGAAAUUCACUUCAUCCAGAAAAUACAUUUCCAUCAGUGUACCUUCCAAAUCUCAAACUAUGUCUCCUCAUAUCAAAUCAGUAGAUGAUGUUAUAGUUCUUGGCAUGAAUCUCAGCAAAUUUAAGAAACCUACUCAGUUUUUCAUCUGUGUUUCUGGAGUUUUUAUGUUUUAUCUAAUCUAUGGAUAUUUACAGGAAUUGAUUUUUUCAGUGGAAGGUUUUAAACCCUUUGGUUGGUACCUCACUUUAGUGCAGUUUGGAUUUUAUUCGAUUUUUGGACUAAUAGAAUUGCAGUUGAUUCAGGACAAAAGGAGAAGAAUUCCUGGCAAGACCUACAUGAUAAUAGCAUUUUUAACAGUGGGGACUAUGGGUUUGUCAAAUACUUCUUUAGGAUAUCUGAAUUACCCUACUCAAGUCAUCUUCAAGUGCUGUAAGCUGAUUCCAGUUAUGAUAGGCGGGGUUUUUAUACAAGGAAAACGUUAUAAUAUUGCAGAUGUGUCUGCUGCCCUUUGUAUGAGCCUUGGAUUAAUAUGGUUUACUUUAGCUGACAGUACAGUUGCACCAAACUUCAACUUGACAGGUGUGGUCCUAAUAUCCCUUGCCCUCUGCGCAGAUGCAGUUAUAGGAAAUGUACAGGAAAAAGCUAUGAAGUUGCACAAUGGUUCUAAUUCAGAAAUGGUUUUGUAUUCCUAUUCAAUAGGUUUUGUGUAUAUUUUAUUUGGAUUAACGUGCACUAGUGGAUUAAGCCCUGCAGUAACAUUUUGCUCAAAGCAUCCAGUUCAGACUUAUGGUUAUGCAUUCCUUUUCUCCCUGACUGGAUAUUUUGGCAUAUCCUUUGUUCUAGCUUUGAUUAAAAUAUUUGGUGCCCUUCUGGCUGUAACAGUGACAACCGGAAGAAAAGCAAUGACCAUUGUGCUUUCUUUUUUGUUCUUUGCAAAGCCAUUCACAUUCCAGUACGUGUGGUCGGGCUUGCUGGUUGUCCUUGGUAUAUUUCUUAAUGUUUACAGUAAGAAUAUGGAUAAAAUCAAACUGCCUUCACUGCAUGGUCUUUGGAAAAAAAGUGUGGAAGAAAGAAAAACAAGGACGUUGUCGCAAACUGUAUAGACAGUGGUUUAUGCCUUGUCUAGACUAUGACUUACUAUUUUAUCAGAACAGUCUUCAACUGAUUCACUUUCCAAAGGGAAUGUUAAUAAAACCAAAGGAGCCGAAGGCAUAUUGUCUGCUUGCAGAUUGCUAGAAAUACACGUUUUUGUGAGCCCUUUCUUCAGAGCACUUGAAUUCAUCGUUAAAGGUGUUGUGAGCCAUUAUCAGAUGUCAUAUCAGACAAUGAAGGACAGCAGCUCCUGACAAACUGCUGAGAAGCUGCACUCCAAGUGGGACACAGUAGGAGACUAAUUUGGACAUUUUAAUAUUGGCCAUGUGGCUGAUCUGAGAUUAGUGGUUUUUUGUUAAUUGUCUAGGCGGGAUAAUUUAAAUGUAAUACUGUAUUAACAUUUAAUGGAACCUAAUCAGCAACUGGUUGACCAAAUUGCAAUUUUAAAGGUGGAAGGUUUAGAAAUCUUGACACUUUUUUUUCAUUUUAAAUAAAAAAUGUUGGGUUUUUUUAAGUUAUUGAUUAGAUAAUAAUGGAACUUGGUAUUUAUUGUAAUAAUUGAUUUUUUAAUGAAAAUCUUAUGGUGUUACUCUGAUUAUUGCUUGCACAAAAAUGAGGUGAAGUUUGUUCAGUCAACACUCAUGCCUUUAGAAAGGGACACUGGGCUUUUCAGCCUGAGCAGGGUGAGAACACAGAAUGAAAAUUCGUGAUUGAAACAGUGGUUUAAGAAGCUGUGAUUUGCUUCUUCUGUGGUGGAAUAUAACAUUCUUAGAGGCCUAUGACCCUCCAUGUUAUCCUGCUGUAAAGAGACGGGACUCCUCUAAAUGAGUAUCAUCAAAACUCUUCAUUUUCAGCGAUGGAGUAAAGAAGAACAGCAUUCACUAAUGGAUUUGAAAUACGUAUUUUGUCAGUCUUUGUGUGAUCGUGUGAUGAACUUAAAAGGAUUAGGGCACAGAUUACAGUUUUCUUUAUUUAGUGACAGGAGGAGACAAUGUACUACCAGUCUGUCAUUUUCAUCAUGAAUUUAGGAGGACUUAAGUCCAUUUGUCUCUCUUACUUUCAUAUUCAUCUUACUUUUGAAUCACUUGCCGUCUCUCUCAUCUUAUAUAUUUAACAAUAGCACUUAAAAAUACUAGUCACAGUUCAUUGUUCUCAUGUGACCAUGAUUUUUUUGUUGUUGUGUCCCUUAGAUGCAUCUUGGUGUGUGUUCUUUCAACUCAGACAAAAGUAAAUUGUAUAGCAGGAUUGUAUAGUCAGGAAGAAUGUACAAAGAAUUGAAAUAUCUCACAGAAUUGCCUUCUGCCAAAAAUACUGGUUUAUGACAGUAUUCAAAACGGGCAAAAUAUUUUUCAGACACUUAACUAGAAUUGCUGCUCCAAGGAGCUUGUAAUCAAAGUGCAGACAGAAAAUGUGCCUUAAAUUUUCCUUAUUGGGUUGGUAGCUAGCAUAUGCCAUAUCAAGUAUGAUAUAAAAUAAAAUGUGAAGAUAGUCAGCAGAAUGGGACAAAUAAGAGGAGUGACCGCACUGUUUCCAGUGCUCCAGCUGCUCUGGUGUCUCAGCAAAGCCUUUCAACCCAUGUACACCUAGUGAUGCCAAGUUAGCAGAAUGUAUUCCCUGUGACAGUUUGGUUUUUAAAUUUCCAGCUGCUGCUGGAAUUGUUGAUUGUGUUCUGGAAUAAGGUAGAGGGAUGUGAAUUUGUGGAACAAAUACACGUUGAAAGAAAAGGAUGGCCUGCCACGGCUGUUUUUGUGUUGCACCCAGAGUUUUAUGAUAAGAUAGGAAAAAGUGUUACAAUUUCAAAUUUAAUGCAAGAGUGCAUUUGACCAAGUCAAGGGGAUUGAUACAUAUUUCUUUGCCCAUCAUAUUUAUCAACUUUUAUAUUCUCUUGCCUUCUUUUCACUAAAGGAAGUUGCUCUGUCCAGUGAGGUCAAGUUACCUAUAAAGCUUAAAAGAGGGGCAGUUUUUGAACCAUUGAAAAGAAGGUAAUUACAGAACAUUUACUGCUCUGUUCGCUACCUUGGUGGAACUUGGUAAUUAGCAUUUGAGCAAUGUUUUGAGAAUUUUUCAGUCUCAGUUUUGGCAUCUGUAAACUCUGUUACUAAACUUUAUUGAACUUCAGGAAACCAAAUUAUGUGAAAGCUACCAAACAUGCAAAAAGUCAUAUUAAAUAUAAUUUGUUUGACAUCUGUUUUAUAUAAACAGAUGAGAAGACUUUCCCAAAGUUUCCGACUAGAAUUCAAAUGUAGUGUGUAGGUUGCUGAACUGUUUAUAAAAUCCAGUUUUAUCUCUGUUUUCUCUCUUUGAAGAGCAUACUGUUCACAAUAGUUUUCCUUUUAAUUUAUUCUCUAUUGCAUACUGAGUUAAUGGAGCACACAUUAGGGGAAGUUUUGAUUUCUUUUUUAAAUUCAUUUUCUCUUUUAUAACUAUAGAAAUACGUUUCAUUUUACAAAUGUACUUUCAAAGUUAUUUUUAUACACAAAUGAGCACUGUAGGUUUAGUGUUAGUAGCAUAAAUUAAGAGUCAGAUUUUUAUUUUCACAGGUGUGAGUCUUGUACUUCCUAAUGGACAAUACAUAAGCAUGGUAAAGAAAAUGCCACAUGCAAGUGAGAGUAGUUCAUAAUUUGCCACCUGUCAUGGUGUGUGCAAUUUCCUGUUUUCAUUGAGACAUUAAGAAAACCAUCAUUUCAGUGAGUUGCUCUUUGCGGUCUUUGGUUGGUUUUUGGGUGUUGUUUUUUAAUCUUUAUAGUGCAUGCAAGUAAGAGAAUCUUGCAAACCUCCAAGUGUUCUUAUUACAAAAUGUUGUUUUAGGAUCUUCUGUACGGUGUAUGUAUGUUGGUUUUGUGUUGCCUAUGAAAGAUGAAUAAGGACUUGUCCACAAAGUAACUGUAAAUUCUGUAUCUUUCAUUUAAGAGCACUUAUGUUGGGGUGUUGAUUUACCCUUCCUAAUGUUACUUACGUAGGCUGAUCAUGUCUUGCGCAGUUUACAUUUGUUGGCUCCAUCAUUCUUUACAGUAGGCAUUAUGAAAGUACAGAAAAAAACCACAUUUGUUCUGUCACCAUAACUUUUAUUAUCUAAAUAUGUGAAUUACUUGAUUCUUAUGCUAUACAACUUUCUCAGCUCUACAGAAAAAAACUAUAAGAAUUAAUUGUAAUGAAAUUAAGGUUCACACUAAAAUCUACGGUUGCCCACGGUCUCCAUUGACACCAGCAAUCUACCUCUGUCACACCCUCUACUUGUGCCUCCUUUGGAGGACCAAGAGAGCUGUUUUCCUAAAUCAGUGCGUUUGCAGUUGCUUUCACAUUACAUUUUUGCAUUUGUUUGGCACACUUGAAUACUGAAGUAAUUGACUGUGCAGUGGAUUUCUUCAGUAUUUCUGUACCUCAGUAUCAUCAAACUGCUGAUUGUUCAGAUACCUGUAUGUGAAUAAAAGUGUAGAAGAACUAAUGCUCUGAAUGCCCCCACUAAACCUACAGUGUUUCCUGAUACUGCAUUAAACUGUUUUUCUUAAUCUUGUUUUACUGCUCAUGUGAUUUGACCAAACAUUUUAAGCUAAAACUUAGACACACAUGAUUUCUGCUUAUCUUCCUUACUUCCAUACUUGUCUUUCCUACUUUUGGAUUCCCUAACUCCCUUUUUAACAUGCUGUGUUGAUGCGCUAUGGGUUGUUUCAGGAUUCCUUUCCUGCAUUUAAGGGCUGACAUCAUACUGUUGUUACAGAUUGGUCACAUUCCACAUUUUCUGCUUCAUGCCAGUCAUGACUGUCUGAAUGAGUCUUUUAAAUCCCUUUUUCUCCACAAAAAAAAAAUUCCUUUUAUACUUUCCUUUAUUUUUGGAAAGGUCUUGAUGAGUACAUGUAUGAGUUAACUCCUUGACCUCAUUCCAUCUUCCAAGAAAAUCUCUAUUCUCCCUUGCUUGCCUUUGAGAACUAAAGGAAAAGGAAAUAAAUUAUUGCAAAUGUUCUUUCUUCUUUAAUAAGUGCCUUCCUUACUAACCUGCUUUGUCUUAAUUGUUACUUUCUGCCUCCAGUGCUCCCAGGCGCAAACAAACCCUUCUCGCAUGUUUGACCACUGCGUGUUCGUUCAGUCAUGGAAACUUUUUGAGUUGUUUACUGUUCUGAAAAGAGGUAUAGAAUUGCAUGUAUACACUGGAGAGCAGGAAGGAAUAAGUAAACUUCACAAGACAGGGAAGCAAUUAAAUGGAUAUAGUUAGGUAGCAUCUCAGAAUUUGUCAAUGGAAGGGGAUGGGUUUUGGUGUGGUUGUGGUUUUUUUCUUUUACACUUUAUGUGUUUAAAAAUCUUUACAUCAGUUGUAAUAUUUAAUAUAAAACUCCUGGCCAUUCAGCCAUUUUAUCAAUCUUAGUCUUGCCUAUAAGGCAGAAAAAUCCUAUCUCCAUUUCACUGAUAAAGCUGAGAUGGUAACUUGCCUGAAGUUGUGUUAGUAAGAUGUGGUGAGCAAAGAAUAGAUGUUAAUACCCCCAGUCAUUCUAUGCCCCAAGUCCAGCAGAGCCCUUCUGUACCUGAAAUGAAACAGUAUCAAGGUAAGCUCAGGGAUUUUUUACCCCAGUAAUAGAGAUUUUAAUUUGUUUCUCUUCUGUGUUCUAAACUAGUAUUACUUAAAGUGAAACUAAAUAAUAAAAUAGGCUUUCUCCAUAUUUUUUUUAAA